ACAGUCAAUGUCACCAUGUCAAAAAUUUCCCGUUCGUCUGUUAAGACAUGGUUAAGUUAAGACAGAAAAUCCGGCGGUAUUGUGGUUGUUGUUAUCGUGUUCCGCUCGCUUUUUCACGAUAAAUCCUUGUUAGUGAGGGAAAUAUAUAAAAAACCAGGCGAAAAUGUCGCAGGCCGAGGAAACACCCGAUGUAACCGAAAUAGCCGAAAGCGCCACCAAUGAUAAUGAAUCCUCGUCAGAUGCCAAUUCCAAAAAUGACGACUUCGAUACCAAGCUGGAAACUGACAGAGGCAGACGUUUCGACUACCUGCUUAAGCAAACCGAAAUUUUCUCUCACUUUAUGAACCAAAGUAAGACUCCCACCAAGGGCAAAGCCCCUGGCAGGCCCAAGAAAACUAAAGAGGAGGCUGCGGCGGAUCACAGACAUCGCAAAACAGAACAAGAAGAAGAUGAGGAACUUUUGGCUGAAACCAAUGCCAAAACAAAAGCCAUGAUCCGCUUUGAGGCUUCGCCCCCAUACAUUAAGGGCGGAGAAAUGCGUGACUAUCAGAUCAGAGGCUUGAACUGGAUGAUAUCCUUGUAUGAAAACGGAAUCAAUGGUAUCUUGGCUGAUGAGAUGGGUCUGGGUAAGACAUUGCAGACCAUUUCUUUGCUGGGAUUUAUGAAGCACUACAAGAACACGGCAGGGCCUCACAUUGUCAUUGUUCCAAAAUCGACGCUUUCCAAUUGGAUGACUGAGUUCAAGAAAUGGUGUCCGUCUCUAAGGGCUGUGUGUCUUAUUGGGGACCAAGAAGCCAGAAAUGCGCUGAUCAGAGACGUCCUGAUGCCGGGAGAAUGGGACGUUUGCGUCACCUCCUACGAAAUGUGCAUUAAGGAGAAAUCAGUAUUCAAAAAGUUCAACUGGCGCUACAUGGUGAUCGACGAGGCGCAUCGAAUUAAAAACGAAAAAUCCAAGCUAUCGGAAAUUCUCAGGGAAUUCAAAACGACCAACCGGCUGUUGUUAACAGGAACGCCACUACAGAACAACCUGCACGAGUUGUGGGCUUUAUUGAACUUUCUGCUACCCGAUGUUUUUAACUCAGCUGACGAUUUUGAUGCCUGGUUUAACACCAAUCAAUGUCUGGGCGAUGAUAGUUUAAUUGAGCGUCUGCACGCUGUGCUCAAACCCUUUCUGCUCAGGCGAUUGAAAGCCGAAGUGGAGAAACGAUUGAAGCCGAAAAAAGAGCUGAAAGUCUAUGUUGGAUUGAGCAAAAUGCAACGGGAAUGGUACACGAAAGUACUGCUGAAGGACAUUGACAUCGUAAACGGAGCUGGCAAGGUGGAGAAGAUGAGACUACAGAACAUUCUUAUGCAGUUGAGAAAAUGCAGUAAUCAUCCCUAUCUGUUUGACGGGGCCGAACCAGGCCCCCCAUACACCACUGAUGAGCAUUUAGUGUUAAACUGCGGGAAGAUGGUUAUUUUAGACAAACUUUUACCUAAACUCCAAGAGCAAGGCAGUAGAGUGCUGAUAUUCUCUCAAAUGACUCGAAUGUUGGACAUUCUUGAAGACUACUGCCAUUGGAGAAUGUACAACUACUGCAGACUUGAUGGACAAACGCCGCAUGAAGACCGUCAGCGACAAAUUAACGAGUUUAAUGAAGACGACAGUAAGAAGUUUGUCUUUAUGUUAUCGACAAGAGCUGGAGGUUUGGGAAUCAACUUGGCGACGGCCGAUGUGGUAAUUAUUUAUGAUUCCGACUGGAACCCUCAAAUGGACCUGCAAGCCAUGGACAGAGCACAUAGAAUUGGACAGAAAAAGCAAGUGAAAGUGUUUCGAUUCAUCACAGAAAACACUGUGGAGGAAAAAAUCGUGGAACGCGCCGAAGUCAAACUGCGUUUGGAUAAGUUGGUGAUCCAGCAAGGUCGACUGGCCGAUUCAAAGGCGCAGACUUUAAAUAAGGACGAAAUGUUGAACAUGAUUCGACAUGGGGCCAAUCAUGUGUUUGCGUCCAAAGACUCGGAAAUCACAGACGAGGACAUUGACAGCAUUCUGGAGCGGGGAGAAGUAAAAACCCAGGAGUUGGCACAAAAAAUGGAAAGUCUUGGCGAAUCUUCGCUGAGAAACUUUACUGUGGAUACGCCCACACAAUCAGUAUAUAAGUUUGAAGGUGAGGACUAUAGGGAGAAACAAAAAAGUAUUGGAAUAAGCAACUGGAUUGAGCCUCCAAAGCGUGAACGCAAAGCUAACUAUGCAGUGGACGCUUAUUUCAGAGAAGCCCUAAGAGUGUCCGAGCCGAAGGCUCCCAAAGCUCCUCGGCCUCCCAAGCAACCGAUGGUUCAAGACUUCCAGUUCUUCCCGCCGCGCUUGUUCGAGCUCCUCGACCAGGAAAUUUACUACUACCGACAAACAUUGGGCUACAAAGUACCAAAGAACGUUGAACUAGGACCAGACGCCACAAAACAGCAACGCGAAGAACAGCGAAAAAUUGAUGAUGCCGAAGCCUUAACCGAGGAAGAACAACAGGAAAAGGAUAGCUUAUUGACGCAGGGUUUUACCAACUGGAGCAAACGCGAUUUCAAUCAGUUUAUCAAAGCUAAUGAAAAAUACGGCCGCGACGAUAUUGAAAACAUCGCAAAAGAUGUCGAAGGUAAAACACCCGAAGAAGUCAUGGAAUAUUCCGCCGUAUUCUGGGAACGUUGCCACGAAUUGCAAGACAUAGACAGAAUAAUGGCUCAAAUUGAAAGGGGCGAAUCGAAAAUCCAGCGUCGCGCUAGCAUCAAGAGAGCACUGGACGCAAAAAUGGCUCGCUACAGAGCCCCAUUCCACCAGUUGCGUCUGGCUUAUGGAAACAACAAGGGAAAGAACUACAUGGAGGAAGAGGAUCGGUUUUUGGUGUGCAUGCUGCAUAAGCUGGGCUUCGAUAGGGAAAAUGUCUAUGAAGAACUGCGGGCCGCCGUUCGCGCUUCAUCCCAAUUCCGGUUCGACUGGUUCCUGAAAUCGCGAACUGCAAUGGAAUUACAGAGGCGCUGCAACACAUUGAUAACCCUGAUUGAACGGGAAAACGCGGAGCUGGAGGAGAAGGAAAAGAAUGAGAAAAAGAAGAAAGCGCCCAAGACCUCACAACUUCCUGGAACGCCCACCCAAAUGGCUCCCAAGUCUGCCCAAAAACGAAAGAAUGAGAACCCCGCAUCGGUGGUGGAGAAGAAAAAAAAGAAAAAAUAAACCCAUGUUCUAUUCGCAAUAUCCACGUUGAGCGCGGCUGUAGAAUUUAAAUUUUCAUAUUUUUAACUCUAAUUAAUAAAGUACGAUUUAGGCUGA